CACCCCCACCCCGGGGGCUGUAACCCGAGCCGCUGCGGCGCCUCUCCCAGCGGAUCCUCUGGCUCUGGCAGGUCCCACAGCCCACGCACCCCAAGCCCCGACAGCGAGUCCGCCAGCACCAUGGGCCGCGGGGCCUCGGUCCCCUGGUUGGCGUCGGGGGUUCGCGCACAGGCCGGCUGGCUGAGGGCCGCGCUGGGCGUCCUGUGCCUGCUGCCGGCGCUCGUGCUGCUGGCCCGGCUGGGGGCCCCGGCGGCCCGGUCCGCCGCAAGCGCAGCGCAGGGAGACGCCGCGCCGCACCCCGCGAGGGUCCUCCCCACCCCGGGCCCCAGUCCGCUGCCCCCUCAGGCGCCCCGCAGACGCCGCUACACGCUGACCCCGGCCAGGCUGCGCUGGGACCACUUCAACCUCACCUACAGGAUCCUCUCUUUCCCGCGGAACCUGCUGAGCCCCAGCGAGACCCGGCGGGGCCUGGCCGCCGCCUUCCGCAUGUGGAGUGACGUGUCCCCCUUCAGCUUCCGAGAGGUGGCCCCCGAGCAGCCCAGCGACCUGCGUAUAGGCUUCUACCCGGUCAACCACACGGACUGCUUGGAGUCGGCGCUCCACCACUGCUUCGACGGCCCCACGGGCGAGCUGGCCCACGCCUUCUUUCCCCCGCACGGCGGCAUCCACUUUGACGACAGCGAGUACUGGGUUCUGGGCCCCACGCGCUACAGUUGGAAGAAAGGCGUGUGGCUCACCGACCUGGUGCACGUGGCGGCCCACGAGGUCGGCCACGCGCUGGGCCUGAUGCACUCGCAGCACGGCCGGGCGCUCAUGCACCUCAACGCCACGCUGCGCGGCUGGAAGGCACUGUCGCAGGAUGAGCUGUGGGGGCUGCACCGGCUCUAUGGCUGCCUGGACCGGCUGUUCGUGUGCGCGUCCUGGGCGCGUAGGGGCUUUUGCGACGCCCGCCGGAGGCUCAUGAAGAGGCUGUGCCCCAGCAGCUGCGACUUCUGCUACGAAUUCCCCUUUCCCACGGUGGCCGCCACCGCGCCGCCCCCCAGGACCAAAACCAGGCUGGUGCCCGAGGGCAGAAAUGUGACCUUCCGUUGCGGCCAGAAGAUCCUGCACAAGAAAGGCAAAGUGUACUGGUACAAGGAUCAGGAGCCCCUGGAGUUCUCCUACCCCGGCUACCUGGCGCUGGGCGAGGCGCACCUGAGCAUCAUCGCCAACGCCAUCAACGAGGGCACGUACACGUGCGUGGUGCGCCGGCGGCAGCGCGUGCUCAGCACCUACUCCUGGCGAGUCCGCGUGCGGAGCUGAGCGCCCUCCCGCGGGGUCCGCUGAUAAAGCACUUUGUCUCUGA